CGCGGCAUGGGUGGCGCGCUGCUGCUAGCGCUGCUGGCGGCGGCGCGGGCCGGCGAGCCCAACGCCACUGACCUCAGCCCCUCGCCGCCGCCCGAGGAUGAGAAGACCCCGCUGUUCCCCACGGACCUGUUCAGUGAGGAGCAGCGGCGGUCGGGCGCCGUGCUGCUGCACGUCAUCGGCAUGGGCUACAUGUUCGUGGCGCUGGCCAUCGUGUGCGACGAGUUCUUCGUGCCGGCGCUGGACGUGAUCAUCGAGCGACUGGCCAUCCGGGACGACGUGGCCGGCGCCACCUUCAUGGCGGCGGGGGGCUCCGCGCCGGAGCUCUUCACCUCCAUCAUCGGCGUGUUCGUGUCGUUCGACGACGUGGGCAUCGGGACGAUCGUGGGCUCGGCCGUGUUCAACAUAUUGUUCGUGAUCGGUGCGUGCGCGCUCUUCUCGAGAACAACUUUGACACUGACUUGGUGGCCGUUAUUCCGCGACUGCACCUUCUACUCGAUCAGCCUUAUCGUGUUAAUAUACUGUUUCCAAGACAGCGAGAUCUACUGGCAGGAGGCGCUGGUGCUGUUCUCGCUGUACGGCGCCUACGUCAUGUUCAUGAGGUGGAACCAGCCCGUCGAGCGCGCGCUCAAGAAGCUCAUCUACAAGAACAAGGUGACGCGCGUCCGGAGUACUGAUCAGCUGAUGCCGACGCACCAGACAGCUGCCCAAACUUUGCACGGCAAUGCGACGACAUCGAGCGAGACGUCAGUGGGCACGAACACGGCGACGGCAGCGCCGACCCCGGGCCCCAGCAAGAAUCCCCCACCAGCCGCCAAGUUCCGCCACGGUCUGCUGCAGCUCAUGAUACAUACCAUCGAUCCCAUGCAUGACGGUGAGUUAGGUAAAGUUGAUGAGAAAGCGACGCAGUUGCAUGCGAUAGCUUCUCUGAAGGUGCUGCUGGAGGCGACGCGGCCGACGGCUGGUGGUGCUGGCGCGGCGGCGGCGAAGCACUCGGCCGCAGUGGCGCAGGCCAAGGAAACGCCACUGGACCUGCCCAAUGGUGGUAUAGCUGAUGUUCAGUUAGAUGCUAUAGAAGAGAUAGGAGACCUGGACGAGGACACGACACCCUUGGAUAUGUCGUGGCCCGCCGGCUUCCGCAAGCGACUGACGUACCUGUUAGUCGCGCCCAUUGUCUUCCCGCUCUGGAUGACCCUACCAGACACUAGAACGCCCAAAGGGAAAAGAUUUUUCCCCGUAACUUUUAUAGGGUCAAUAGUUUGGAUAGCUUUCUUCUCGUAUCUGAUGGUGUGGUGGGCGAACGUGGCGGGGGCCACCGCGUACGUGCCCCCGGAGGUGAUGGGGCUCACGCUGUUGGCCGCGGGGACCUCGGUCCCUGACCUCAUUACUUCAGUCAUCGUGGCCAGGAAAGGCUUCGGAGACAUGGCCGUCUCCAGCUCAGUUGGCAGCAAUAUUUUUGAUGUUACUGUUGGGCUGCCUCUCCCAUGGCUCCUGUACGGGCUCAUCUACGGGGAGCCGGUGCGAGUCAACUCCAAGGGCAUGGUCUGCAGCAUCGUGCUGCUGUUUGCUAUGCUCAUCUUUGUCAUCAUCAGCAUCGCCUGCUUCCGGUGGAAGAUGAACAGAGGCCUCGGCUUCACCAUGUUCCUCCUGUACUUCGUGUUCGUGGGGGUCAGCCUCGGCCUCGAGUACGGCUACCUCCACUGUCCAAGCGAAUAGACUGCUACUGUCUUCUACUAAAGUUUAAGAGGGUCAUCCAUCGACGUCGACUAUUCGUUCAAGAGAAAUGUUGGAUAACACACGAACAUACGAAACGUCAAAAAAAAUUUAUGUAGUUCUAUAGAGGAUGCGGAAAGCAAAAUUUAUCGUAGAUUAUAGGAUGCUGGACUGCGAAAUGUCUCAAGCGAAUAGUCGACAGUCUUAUUGUAACAUUUUGGCACUUCCAGCAAUAUGGGGCUCGAAUGCAGCAAAUUAUUCAUUGCGAUGGAGUCAGUUGUGACGUCACUUUGUAGAAACACUCGAUCUUGCGUCGAGUCCUGAUGUAGAUUACGUUUCAAAUGUUUUUAAACAACAUAACGUAAUGAUGAAAUACUUUACACGAAUCAUUAAUUUACAAUGAUCAUUUAACAAGCGAUUGAAUUUGCUGCAUCCGAGUGAAUUAUAAUAUUCUAUAAACAUAUUGAAGUAUUAUAAGAGUUACUUUAGCGUUGUGAAUUAUUUAGUUUCGUAUUUUGUUGUCUAGUCGCUACAGCACAAGCAGUGAGAUAUUGCUCAAAGAUACUCCUUCAUUUACUGUUGCUUUGCUAUGUAGUUUCGUUUAGGUGUUUUUAAAUGGACGCUUGAAAUAGAUUUAACGAAGAAAACGAGAGACAAAAGUGCACCAAGUAUAAAUAAGAGAAUUAAGACAGUAGACAAUGAAAAUUCAAUUCCUAUGAAACGCAAUAAUGAAAGCUACAAAUGUUCUGAUCAUAUUAUAAGAGUUUUGCAUUGUAAAUUAUUAUGAGAUACAAGUGUUGUAUCCAAAGUAAAUAUUUAGCCAUGAUAGAGACU